AUGGGCCAAAUAGAGCUUCUAGUCAGUAACAAUGGCCUGAUAAAAGGGAUAAAGACUCAACUGGAACAGAUCGAUGCUUUUGAGAGGCCGAUCAGGAGAGAAAACAACCUCACGGUAAUCAAAACCAAACUUGACAUAAGCGAUGCUACAAUCAGAGAAAUUCUAUCUCACUAUGGACCAGACGUGAAAACAAGAGAGUACCAGAACAGCGUGGAUGUGCAUUUGAAAGUCGAUCGCCUUUCUCAGUUCGUGGUCCAAUAUUUGGGCGAGCACUGUCCUGUAAACGAGGAGGAACUACAACACUUGCUUGAGCACUUGCCUUUGCGUUUCUCGCUCUACCAACCACUAGUAUUAUUCAACUUCUCUCAAGAACGCAGCUUUUUGCAUAGCAGCUGGAAGAGACAACUGGAAAAGCCUGGGUGUGGCGGGUUUAUGAAAGCCAUGUUAGCAGAGAUGUUUCCGAAUUUCUCUCACGUCGCUACCAACAGGCCCAUUGUGGAGCACGAUACGAUGCGCAGGCCAUUUCACAUCGUCCCUCUCGAAGGCGAGCUGCUCAGCGGGGCCGUCAGUCCGGAAACCUGGGAGCUCCCAUCACAAGCGGAUUUCGAUCGAGCCCUAUGGUGCCAUGUGGUCCAAAAUGGCAUUCAUCAGGUCUGGGCCCCCGCAUUCACAAUGUUCAGUCGCGGCAACAUCAAGGAAAAGAAGCGGAUUCUCGAUCCGACGUCUUACCCCGAAGUUGAGGGCAACGACGUCGUGGACCUGUACGCGGGCAUCGGAUAUUUCGCACUCAGCUAUCUCAAACGCAGAGCAAGACGUAUAUUUUGUUUUGAAUUGAACCCAUGGAGUACUGAGGGGCUGCGACGUGGGGUCAACCUAAACAAAUUCUCCGGCGAAUGCAACAUUUUUCAGCAAUCAAACGAAGAUUGUCUCCUGCAAUUGGAGCGUUUUGAGUUUCUACAAAUUCGCCACAUUAAUUUGGGACUUCUUCCAACCAGUCGGCAGGGGUACCCAUGGGCACUGCAUCUCGUUUUGAAAUAUGGAGCUACUCCGACCACUACGUUACAUAUACACGAGAACGUUCAUAUCGGUGAUAUUGAGAGCGGGAACUUCGCUCAACAGGUUUUAAAGACGCUUAGCGACCUUGAGGGUAGAUUAUCUUUUACUCUUGCUCAUGUCGAAAAAGUCAAGACAUUUGCACCCGACGUUUGGCACUGCGUCCUAGACCUUGAGGUAUCAAAAAGGCCAGAGUUUCAUUAG